GCCGGUGGCGUUAACAACGCGGUCCCACCCUGGACGGAGGCUCGGAGAGGGAAGCUGGGAAGGAUCGUGGUCCCUCCUCCCGGCCCUGCGCAGGCGGGGGUGAGCAUCGGGCUUGGCUUCACCCUCCCUCCCGGGACAGAGCGGCUGCCACCACGGUUUCUCCGGGAAAAGAUCCCCAAAGGUGCCCCAAUGGGGCCAGAGGUGCCUUCUCCUCUCCUGUGUGACAGCAAGGCUGCUGUGGACUGGACCACGUUUUGCUUCUCAUCCGAGCCAUCAGGGAGCAAUUCCCAGCAUGUCCACGGGGAUUUGGAUGAUUUCAUUUAUGCAUCUGGGGCGCUGGGACUGAACUUCAGGCCUCCUGCAGUGCAACGAGCUGGGAUGCUGAUGCUCGGCGUGAGGCUGGUGCCAGAGGAACUGAGCUUUGCGCAGACCCAAAACUUCCCGAGCCCCUGGCUAAUUUUAGCAGGGAUUGAUGGAGAAGCGGCCCUUGGAGACAUCCAGCCUGGGGAUGCUGGCAGCAAGGUGGAUGGGGAAGUGGCUCCUCUUCCCCUACAGCACGGCAGCUGAGCUGGGCUUCCCAAAAUCACAUCCCAAGCGCCGUCCCUGAGCCAGGGGUGUGCUGGAGGAGGAGCAAGGCAGGACCCCCGAGGCUGCUCCCUUCCCUGCCUGGAUGAUGGGAACCCCACUGCUGGGAAGCCAUUUGGCCCCUGGGGUGCAGGAGAUGGGGGCUGUUAGCACGUCUCAGGCAUCUCCAGCAAGUGUUUUUGUCUCCUCUUUCCUUCGUGCUCGAGGUAUUUCUGCACAUCUCACCCGGCUGAUAACUGUGAGGCACAAUCACAGCACAGUGAUGAUGGGGCUCCGGGCACUUUGAUGUGAGCCUGCUACGAGAACUCCCAGAAGAGGAAGCAAAGCAAGCAGAGCUCCUUGCCCCAUCUCUGUCUCCCUCCUCUGCAGCAGGUGAGCCCCUCCAAAGGCUCCAUGCCCUGAUCCCUGCAGGAUCAGGAAAAGAGUGGAAAUCCCUUCUGCCAAGCACAGGAGGGCAGCUCAAACACCUGCUUGCCAGGGCCAGGGACCAAACAUAGGAGAAGCAGCCAGGAGAGGCUUUUGGUCGCUGACCCAGAAUAAAACCCUGAUUUAUUUGAGCUGCUGGUCAGCCAAGCAGCACAGGUUUCUGCACUUUUUGUGUUUCCCUUUUGUCUGAAAGCAGAGUUCCCAGGUGUCAAGAGAGUGAUGCCAGCACUGCACUGGGCUCUGUGCAACACCACACCACUGGCUGCAGACAAAGUUACUGAGGAGCCAAGGAGGAAAAGGGAUGCUCCUGGCACCUGCUUGAGACCCCCUCUGCCUUUACCAGAUGGUGACAAGACAACAGCUCUCAGCUCAGCCUCUGACUUCAAAGGGAACGGCUUGGCAGGGGUGUGGAAGCACCAGGCCUGGGCUCUGGGCAUGGAAGAAGCCCAGGAGAUUAGGGAUCCGUGGGCUUUGGCAUAAAGACACCACCAGAAGACAUCUCCUCUGGGCUCCAUCUGGCAUCCAGCGCGUGUUUGAAGCCUCGGUGCCUCUUGGGGAGGGAGCACCAAGUGCCCUGGCCCUGCUCUGGGCUGCACUGUGCCUUGCCAGCUGCUUUCCCCUCCACUGCAGGGCUCUGAGAGCCUUCCCCUGCUGAGGAGAAGGAAGGGGAGCCUGCAAUGCUGAGGGUUGCACACAUGGUAACCUCUGCCCCUCCCCGAAAGCGUGGGCUGAGCUGACUUUCCAUCCAGACGGUUCCCAUCAAGCCCUGGAGGUGGAGGCUGGAUGGCUCAGCAAGGCAGAGCCUCAGAAAACAUACAAGGAUGAGCCCUCCUUCAUCCGAGGGGGUGUGUGGAAAACAAAAGGCUCCUGCAGGCACUUUUGGAAGGUGUUGGAAGUGUGGCUUCCUCCAAUAGAGCCCUGGCUUCCCUUCCUGCGGCUCCCAGGAGAGCCCCGAUGUGAAUGGGGCACUUCCCCUUGCAGCAGGUAUCAGGAGCACAUCUGAAGCGCCUUUUGUGCUCAGAACCCCUCCAGCCUGGCUGUGCACCGUGGCCCCAGCAGCAGCCCAGCAGAAGGAGAAGUCAGGGCCUGAAAACGAGACUGAAAGAGGCAGCACUGAGCUCAGGCCGCACAAACCUCAGCGCAGAGCGGCUCCAGGCCGUGCCCUGCGCGUGCUGUGGGGAGCAGGAAGCAAUUACCCAGCGUGGUCAGGCAAAGGUCACAGCAGCCCUGCCUCUGGGGGCUCCAGAGCAGGGAUGCAAUGGGGCUGAUCCCCUGCCAAAGCCUCCCUGUCCCUGCAGAGCAUCCCUGCAGAGCAUCCCUGCAGAGCAUCCUCAGGCAGCGACUCAGCGGCUGCUUCUGCACCAUCCCCCGAGAGUCACAGGAGGAGCAGCAGCGUUCCUGAUCAGCACCCCGUACUCGCUGUGCGUGUGCCCCGAGGGCCAGAACGUGACCCUGAGCUGCCGUGUCAGCGGCGCCCUGGCCGAGCGGCACGACCUGCUCUACAAGACCUGGUACUUCAGCAGCACGGGUGACCAGGGCUGCUCCGACAAGCGCCACGUCCGCAACGUCACCGACAGGGAGCUGCACCACGACCUGGCCAGGCACCACAACGCCUCCCAGAAACCCUCCUCCCCGGGCAGGCCGAGCGGCCACCGCGGCGUGGAGCUCGUCCUUGACCACCACGGCGCCUUCCACAUCGUGGUGACCAACGUGACGCCGCAGGACAGCGGGAAUUACUGCUGCUACGCCGUGGAGGUCAGCAGGGAAGGGCACGGCAAGCCCCACACCCUGCAGGUGGCCCACGGCUUCGUGGAGCUGCAGGUCCAGAGAGGCAAAGGAGGCCUUCAAAACUGCACAUUUCACACUGCCACCGGCAAAGACAUCACGGCGGCCGCGCUGGCCACGGGCGCCUGCAUCGUGGGCAUCCUCUGCCUGCCCCUCAUCCUGCUCCUCAUCUACAAGCAGAGACAAGCUGCCAGCAGCAGACGUGCCCACGAGCUUGUCAGGAUGGAUAGCAGGGCGCAGGGCAUCGAGAACCCGGUGUUCGAGGCGGGCCCGGCGGGCAGCGCGGAGCCCCGGGCCCGGGCCCCGCUGCACUACGCGGCCGGCAGGCUGCCCUCCGAGUCCGGCCGGCACCUGCUGUCGGAGCCCAGCACGCCCCUGUCCCCGCCCGGGCCCGGGGACUGCUUCUUCCCCACGCUGGAUCCUGUUCCUGACUCACCAAAUUCCUUGAAAGCCUGAGGAGCCCGGAGGAAACCACAUCCUGCAGAGCAGACCAUGCUCACCCAGACAACAGCCCCAGGAGUGCCUUAAGAAACGAAGCUGUGUGCAGGAUCCCUGCCCUUGCCUCCCACCCUGCCACUGCCCUGGGACUGGAAGUGAACCUGUCUCGCUCAGAUUUUGAUUUUUAACUACCUGUUUCCAUGGAGAAGUGCUCUGUACUGCCCACAUUCUACAGACUAGCUGGAAAUUGAGGAUGUGGGGAUGGGAGGAUGUCCUGCACCUGCAGACUUCCCUGAGGAUUAACUUAUUGCCAGGCUCUCAGCUCUGCAACAUCAACACGUUUCUGGAUCCUUGACUGAACAUCCUCUCUGCGAGUGGAUGGUAAAAUACUUUAUUCAGCAUGGAACAAAACAGGAUCACCAGCCAACCUUGUACUACCUUUUUCUUUGCAAAACAGGAAGGGGAGAGGCUCCCUGCUGCCACCAGAGCCCUCUUUCCUCACCAGCCUUUUGAAAUGGCCAUGGACUUGUGAUGCUGCUGCCUUUCAGCAGAACACAUGUUGGGAGGAGCCUCAUUUCUGCUGCACUUUUAUCCUUGGCUUGGGAUCAGGGCAAUUUAUCUUUCUGUUUGUUUCAUUAUCAGUGCUGAUUAAAAGGAAAAAAGGA